AUGAGCCCUCCACCAGUGCACUCCCCAGGUGAUCAGCAUCCACAACAGCCACCUCCGUCCUCGGAACCUCCGCCUGACCCCACUGGCUUCAUCGCCGAGCUGCCUGCAGAUAUGGGAAGCUUGAGUAUUUCGGAACCGGCGAAGCCAGAGAGCAGACCCCCAUCGACCCCAGCUCAAGCGUCAUCUUCGCCAUAUCAGGCGUACAAACCCAGCGAUGACAACCAAUCUAGCCCACAACAAGGAUUCACCGUCCCCCGCCGUGCAGUCAGUAUCAGCAAUGCCCCUCUCGCAGACCCGUGGAGAAUCGCAGACCCGGCAACCGAGCUCCCAACACGCGAGUUCUACAUCCUCGCCGACCUCAUCUUCGACGCCCUCGAUCAGCGGUACGAGCCCAAGGGCACCGGACUCCUCGAGGCGAGCAAGAUUUUGGAGAGCUGGAAAGCACAACAACUUCCCGAGGAAGUAGCUCGUAAGUCCACCUUUUCCCAUCUCACCUCACAUACAUUGCUCGCAUCACGUGCCUAA